GCGGCCUGACCGGGGGCGGGGGGAGGCCGCUCGUGGGGCGGGGGGUCCCUGCCGUGUUCCCUUCGGGCUCCCUUGGGCCCCUCGGUGUCCCCGGGAGCGGGGCGGGAGGCACCGGCCCCUCUCUGUACCUGGGGUUCUCUGCCGUGUCCCGGGGCGCGGGGAGGAGGGAGCGGCUCCUCCGAGCCCCGGGGCCGCCCGGUUCCACCGGCCCCAUCCCGCAGCCAUGGCGAACCACCUGCGCUUCGUGGGCCGCACGGUGAUGGUGCAGAACGGGAACGUGGAGGCGGCGUACAGCGUCCUCAACAGGAUCCUGGCGCAGGACGGCGUGGCCGACGCGGUGCGGCGCUCCCGGUACUACGAGAAGCCGACUCGGGCGCGGCGGCGGCGGGCGUUCGAGGCGUGCCGCCGGGUGUACUGCGCCGAGAUGGCGCGCAGGAUCGCCUUCCUGGCCAGGAGCGCCCGCCAGGACCCGUGGCCGGGCUGCUGAGGGAGUCCUGCCCCAAUAAAAACCCGCUAGCUCUGAUUGUUUUAA